AUGUCGGAUUAUAAUUUCGACCACUCGGGUUUCACCCAAGAACAUGUCCGGCAUCUCCAAGAAAACCCUCUUGAAGCUUGUCAGCGAGAAAAUGAAUCGCUUCGUAUUAGACUGGAAACGUUCAAUCGUAUGCUUCUCGAAGCUAAAGAGGAAUCGCAAGCAAGAUUAAAUCGUUGCGAAAUCACGGGAGAUGGUGAUCAGAUGAAAGCAGAAUUGAAAAAAUUGAAAGAGAGGAAAGAUGAGAAAGAAGAAACAGAUGAUGUUUCUCUUGAGCAGCAGAGAAAUAGAAUUGCAGAGGAGCUUGAGGAAGCAAAGGAGGUCAUUAGGGGAAAAGAACUUCAUAUACAACAUUUAAAGGAAGAAGCCAGGAAACAAAUCCAUGCGUUGCUGGCACAAAGAGAUGAUAUGAGACAGCAAUUGGAGAUCUUGACGGAGAAUUUCAUAGGUACUCCGCCGAAGGAGAUUACGCCAAAAGGAGACACACCACUGAGAGGAACACCGGAGCAAAACACAGAACGGCCGCCUGGUAGAUCCGGUGCUAGUGCGGGCCUAGGUAGUGCUAAUUUCAAAGGCAGUAGACGAAUCUUGCAUGCCCCUUCUCCUUUGAGACAACAGUCUUCUACCACCGAAUCGUUAUCGAAAAGACAAAGAUCUACAUUACCAGAGACUUGUCAACCGCAUCAAAGAACUCGAGAGAAGGAAUCUGCGUCUCGAGCGCUAUCACGACAUGUCCACGUAACACGCGCAAUCCUCAGUUUGACACCCAUUCAUUUCGAAGCAUAUCGUGAACGCAAAGAGGCUAAGAGGAAAGAGGGAAUGGUAUUGCUCGAUAUCACGGACAAGGAACGUAAGAUUCUACGAAAACAAAAUCGGAAGCUCGAAAAACAGUUGCAGGCAUUGGCGGAUCUGAGAUGCAAGGAUAAAGAGAAAGAUACGGGGGAUGCACAGGAUUUAUACUCACACAAGCUCAACAUGAUGUAA